GGGUGAGAGGAAUAUGUGUAGGGGAGCCCCACUGGCAUUUCUUCACCAUAGUCGGUGAACAUCUUCAGAGAGGAACUUCCAGAUCAGGCAAGACAAAGGCAAGCAGCAAAGCUCAACAGAUUUUUUGUUGGCCUAUGAUCGGAGGAGAUGGAGUUCUUGUCUUCACUCAUCCUCUCAAUUGGCUGGCUUUUUCUUCUAGCAGAUUUCAAAGGUGUGUGUGGGCAGCAGGCGUUCAAGACAGAGCCACGUAAUAUGACGGUCAAGGCGGGGUCCACAGCUUUGCUGAAGUGUGAAGUGUUGAGGGCCUCAGGGGCCAUCCAGUGGGUUAAAGAUGGGCUACUCUUGGGACCUCAGAGAUCACUGCCUGGCUACCCACGUUACAGCAUGACAGGAGACCAGAAGAGAGGACAGUACCAUCUUCAGAUUCUGAAUGUAAACUUGGAAGAUGACGCCCCCUAUGUGUGCCAAGUGGGCCGUUCUGUAAGCAGCCGUGCCAUUGUGUCCCGUGCAGCCUUGCUCAACGUGCAGAUCCCGCCCUCACAGCCGUACAUCCAGCUGGAGUCUGACGAGCCGUGGGUAGAGGGAGACGAGUACACGGUGACCUGCAUCGCUCCUGAUGCUAAACCUCCUGCAGAAAUCACCAUGUUCAAAGAUGGAGAGGAGCUGACGGAAGCCGAUUCUUUCACAAUGUCAGGCUCACAGGAUAAGCUUCUGAACACUCACACUGAAGUCAUAAUCAGGGCAAGGAGCUCAGAUGACGGACGGCAGUUGACGUGUCAAACAAAGAACCCAGCUAGCUCACGAGCUCUUGAGACCAGCAUGACCAUGAGGGUAUACUUUCCCCCGCAGCCUCCAGUCAUUGUGGGAUUAGAAAAUGAAGAGGUAAAGGCUGGUACCUCUCUCACAGUGGUGUGCACGUCAUACGGGGGGAACCCUUUGGCCACUCUGCAUUGGACUAAGAACGGAGAGGUUCAGUCCACUACCUGGGAGGUGGACAAUGCCUCACAUAAGGCAACAAGCAUUUUAAGAAUGAUGGUGAAGCCAGAGGACAACCAUGCUGUGCUGCAGUGUGAGAGUGUCAACCUAGUUUCCCGUUCACCAGUGUCCCUCACACGCACUCUCACCGUCCUUUUUGAGCCAGCUGAGGUAACGUUACUGGGCUCUUUCGAAGCCAUGGAGGGACAGGAGAUCAAUAUGUGCUGUUACACCUCCUCUAGUAAUCCACCAGUCCACAUACGCUGGUGGCUUGGGUUCAAGGAGCUGAACAGAACCGUUGUCACCAUCUCUGAGGGAGAUAAUGGUGGAAUGAUGACGAUAUCUAACCUGACGCACAAAGUCUCACGUGAAGAAAACGCUCUUCCACUGACCUGUGAGGCGUUCAACAAAGGCACACGCUUCUCUAGCGUUCGUUCAGAAGUGCUCAUCGUUUACUAUCCUCCUCAGAAGGUCUGGUUAGAUGCUCCUCCACAGGAUGUCUUCUUACACUCAGGGACAACUGUUCGUUUAAUCUGUUUUUCCAGUGGUGGAAACCCCACAGGCCAACUGGUGUGGUUGAAGAAUGGUAAAGUAGUGCCAACAGAAUUGAAGCAGAUAUCUUCAGAGCGGGGCGUGUCACGAGAGCUCCUCCUCACCCUCAAGCCCAGUGACAAUCUCGCUGCCUACCGAUGCGACUCAUCCAACAAGGCCAAGAAAGUUCUCUCUGCUCAGACUAAACUCAAGGUUCUAUUUCCAGCAGUUAAUGUGAAGAUUGUGGCCAAGCAGGUGGAACUUCGCAGGGGUCAGACGCUAGAUCUGGACUGCCUGGCUGGGAGCAGCAACCCUACAGCAAAUAUCAGCUGGAGUCUGGGCCCCAUCAAACUUCAAGGAGUUGACCAGGCCCCUAAAAAAGCUGAAUUUGGUGGGAUGUCCCGGACCAGCAAGCUGUCCCUCUCCCUUGGCUCCCAUCACCAUGGGAAAAGAAUUACCUGCCAUGCUUUCAGUAAUGUGCUGUCUGAGGGUGUUAACAACUUCUACACUCUAAAUGUGCUCUUUCCUCCCGAGUUUUCGUACGACCAACUCGAUUUGGUCCAGGUCAUUGAGGACGAAACAGCCACGCUUCGUGUCAAGGUCUUGGCCAAUCCGGACGAUAUCACCUGCGAUUGGAUUUUUCUGGGCCAGACGCUUGUGAAAGAAAGAGAUCCUCGUUACCACUUUGAAGACUGGACGCUGGAAAUUGUGAAUGUGUCUCGGCAAGACGGGGGUGAUUACACCUUAGAGUGUUCCAACGCUGAAGGGAAGAACCGCACUAAACUCAAGCUGGAUGUACAGUAUGCCCCUACUGUUCAAAUGAAGACCGAUCCUGUAUCUGUGAAUUUGGGAGACACUGCUGACUUACUGUGCAUCGCCGAUGCCAAUCCCAUCACCUCAGAUAUGUUUUCAUGGAAGUGGAUGGGUGAGGAUGAAAUAGAAGAUCUAGGAGAACAGAGUGAAGAUGAAGGCACUGGAGUGUUAACUCUAUACGAGGUGACCCGGGACAGGGCUGGUUUCUACAAGUGUACAGCAGACAAUGGCAUAGCACCUCCUGGCAGUGUGGAAGGACAGCUAAUCGUCCGAUUUUCUCCAGAGCUCCAGAAGGGCCCACAGUGGAGAAAGGUGGCCAGCCGAGGGGAUGGCAGCAACGAUGCAAAUGUAGUGUGUCAGGCAGAAGGUGUUCCUCGUGUACACUUCACAUGGGCAAGAAAUGGAUUCCCUUUGGACCUCGGCAACCCCAGGUACCUAGAGAAGACAGCGAAGGAAGGCGCCAUACACACCAGCAUUCUAACCGUCAUUAAUGUUAGCGCAGCACUGGACUACGCUGUCUUUACCUGCACUGCCCGCAACAGCAUGGGGGAAGAUUCUCUAGACAUCCAGCUCCUUAGCACCAAUCACCCAGAUCCCCCAUCAGAUCUGAAGCUCCUUCGCAUCAGCCACGACUCUGUAACUCUGGAAUGGAUGCCGGGGUUUGAUGGUGGCUUGAUACAGAACUUCCGUGUCAGGUACCAGUGGGCGGGAACUGCGAGUUAUAUGUAUGUGGAUGUGUUUCCUCCAACGGCUACAGUGUAUACAGUCACGGGUCUCAACCCUUCCACUACAUACAACUUUUCUGUCAAUGCUCUCAAUGCAAUGGGAGAGAGCAGCUAUGCAGACAACAACAAGAUACUCACCGUCACCACCGCUGAUGUUGACAGGGUCUCCCCAGCAGACCAAGACCCGACAACUCCUCCAGGUUCCAGACUUCCAGUAUAUGUUGUGGUGAUCCUGGUAGUGGUCGGUGUCCUGAUUUUACUAAAUGGUUUGGGCUACUUCCUAUUCGUCAAAUACAAAAGAGGGCAGAGCCUGAAAGAGGACACCUUGAGCAUUUCAAAAGACUCAAAGAGUGAGGAGCAAAGGUCCACAUCGAGCAGCUCAACCCGCUAUGCGAGCAGAGAGCUUAUCAAUGCUUCAGCACAGCGAACGCUCCUCAUCGACAGCGGCUCAGAGCCUGAUGGCAGCGUCUACGAGAGCCUUGGACAGGAGAGUUCACAUUAUUAUUACCCUACCGAGGCUUACAGUCCUGCCCUGUAUCCUCACCCUGAAGGCCCUGAGUAUCAAGAUGGCAGAGACGGCACAAGCCCUCUUACUCAUGAGUACGAGGAGGUGAGAAGCUGGCGGACGUAUGAGGACGUGCAGGGACACUCACUGCUGCCCCCUCCUGCCAACUACAAUCCACGAGCACCACUCUCCACUUACUAUGAGGGAAGAGUGUACGGUAAAGUUGAUCAGGACCUAACACCUGGAGUUUAUGAUUCAAUGGUGUACAGACGCAGAAAAGACUCCAGCUUGCCUUUUGAACUCAGGGGGGAGCUGGUCUAAGAGCUGUAAAAUAUAUGCUCCUGUUUUGACCAUCUAUUUUCUGAAACCAACAAUCAAAGUUGUCCUAUACUUGUUACAGUGCUUGUAAGGCAGGACUGUUUUGAAAUUGGUAACUGUUUUUACUGUUCUUUUUCUACACAAAAUGUGUGCAAUAAAUUCAUU